UGUUGGCAAUGCCUGGCGAACAGAAACCCCCCAUAUUUUCCCCAGUCCCACUUUAAGAAAAGAGAAGAAAAGGGAAGAGAAAAAAAAGGAAAGAAAGAAAAGAAAGAAAGAAAGAAAGAAAGAAAGAAAGAAAGAAAGAAAGAAAGACGAUCUGCAGUCGCAAAUGAUUGUACUAAAUAUAGGAUGGGACUUAAGUUGAGCGGCAGAUACAUUUCUCUGGUCCUUGCUAUGCAGCUAGCAUACCUGGUGCAGGCAGUUAAAGAAGCGAGCAAGUGCGAUGCAGUCUUUAAGGGCUUCUCUGAUUGCGUGGUCAAGAUGGGCCAAAACAUUGCCAACUAUCCGCAAGACCUGGAUGACAAGAAAAAUCUCGAAACAAUCUGCCGAUACUGGGAUGACUUCCACUCCUGCACCGCCACAGCCCUCUUGGAUUGUCACGAAGGGCUGACAGACGUCUGGGAAAAACUGAAAGAGAAAUCCAAAAAGCUCGACUACGAAGGCAACCUAUUUGUCCUCUGCAGCAAAACCAACCGAGCAGCCUCGUCCUUCUUCGUAGCCUCUGCCUCCCCGGUGCUGUUGGCGGCUCUUUCUGCCACGUUGGCGACUUGCAUCUCCAUGUAG